UUCGUACAUUGCGAUCUAUGCACAGUCAUCGCUUCGCAUACUGCGGGGAAGCGUGCGACAUCGCCAGUCAGUUCAGCAAGCCACAACCGUUUUUCUCUGCCAAGGAGUUCCGAACGAACGACCUGUAGCGGCUACAGCACUACAUUAUUUUUUUACGUCAUCUCGGAUGUUUAUAGGUCAAGUGAAAAGGUUGUCUUCUAUUCUCAUAAGGAUUAGUAUUAGCUAUUUAAAGCCGAUGCAGAUGCUUUGCCAUAUUGCAGAGCGAGUUUUUCUAUCCUAUAAUCUUUCAGUUUUCAAGCAGUAUGCUAGGGGUACAUUCAUCGAGCUGAUAAGACGCGACUUACAUACCACUCGUAUUUUACUCUUGCCCAUAUACUAAUAGCUAGCAAUAGGUCGUGAAAAAGGCCAUCGCUGACCCCUAUUAUAAGCAAUUUGCCCUAUGUCAUACUUGUAAUCAAGUACUCAACUUUUAUACUUUUUUUCGACAUCACCAGCCUCCUCUAGGGGGGUGGUAGAAUCACUAUUCAACUAUUCAAUUAAGCGAGUUGGGGUACUUUGCAAUGCCAGAUCUCUUAUUAGUCAACAUACCCUCAAAUCUAAACAAGCGAAUAUUGAGAUCUAGCACCACACAGUAUGAAACAAAAAAAGCGCAUUGCCUAGGGAUUGUGGCAAAGACGUAUAUUACU